AUGAGUCAGUUGCCUUCACUGCCUUCCAUACCGCAACCUGAACCAUUACCUGCACCAUCACAUCCAAUGGUUACUCGCUCCAAAUCUGGCAUCUUCAAGCCAAAAACUUUCAUUGCUUCACUUCUCAAAAAUCCUAGCCUUCCAGCCUUCUCCCUCACUACCCCAGCUUCCCCUGAAAUUACCCUGAAAAGUCGUGUUUGGAAGGCAGCUAUGGAUGAUGAAUAUUUUGCCUUAAAAAGAAAUGGCACCUGGCAUCUUGUCCCUCGUCUACCUGGUAUGCACGACGUCGACAAUAAGUGGGUUUAUCGGAUUAAGUUCAAUCUUGAUGGCACUGUUGAACGUCUUAAGGCUCGACUCGUGGCUAAAGGUUUUCAAAAACAGCUAGGCAUCGAUUAUCUUGAAACCUUUAGUCCCGUUGUUAAACCAUCUAAAAUUCGUGACAUCUUAUCUCUGCUGUUACAUUUGAUUGGGAUGUUCAACAAAUCGACAUCAACAAUGCUUUCCUCCAUGGCACUCUUGAAGAAGAUGUGUAUAUGA